AUGUGGCAACUUUAUGAUCCCCUACGAGACAAGUGGAUAACUCUCCCUGUCAUGCCAUCUCAGAUUAGGAACAUAGCCCGCUUUGGAGUGGCCUCAGUUGCUGGCAAGCUCUAUGUAAUUGGUGGUGGCAGUGAUCGAGUUGAUCCGCUUACUGGAGAUCACGACAGGAUCUUUGCAAGCAAUGAGGCUGAGAUCUAUGACCCUGAAGCUGGCCUAUGGGAGCCUCUCCCUGACCUUCGUCUGGCUCACAGCUCUGCAUGUACUGGACUUGUCAUCAAGGGCCCGAUGGCGAUGGUUGGUGGAGAGUUGUAUGUGCUGAGUAACAGCUGUAUUAUGAAGCAACGUGGUGAGAAUUUCCCUGAUAAGAUGGUGUCAUGCGCAUCUGAGUUCCAGAGCAGGAUCGGUUUCAGGAUGAUUGGUGUGGGUGACAACAUAUAUUUGGUUGGGGAGUGA